AUGAACUCACAACAGUACAACGCAAGUGACAAUCUCCCCUCCUCCCCAGGCAGCUUUAUCUCGGCAACCACACCAUCUCGCAGUGGCACGCCCAUGGGACCUUCCACAUUGAAGAAGCCCCCAACAUCAAGUGUGGCGGGUGGAAAGGGGAAGCGUGCUCGCACGAGCGAUACCGAGAUGGAAGCAACCCCAAAGAAACGCAGCAGAAGGGGCCCCACCAAAGAAGUGCUCGAGUACGGUCCAGGUCCCAGCACUUUCUCAGUCCAGGAUGCGAUUCAACACACCUUCCGCCGUGCGGAACAGAUCAAGAACGGGGAGUUUGAAGAUCUGGAGACGACCAUGAUGAGAGACAGCCGAAAGGCAUCACACACGCAGAUCAAGGUGACGUCAGCCAAUGCAAUGAUGCCGGAUCAAACAAUUCCGCAAAUCAUUGAUCACUUCCGAGCGGUCGCCAGAACCGUCGACGACCUCAGAACGUUGAUGAACACUCCAAGAGGUCGAGAUGAAGUGUUGCAUGCGGCUGCCACGGUUCAACUUCUCAACAACUUUGCCGCUGGAAUCCAAAAGGAGAUCGACGAUCUCACUGUCGUCACGAAGGAUAUGCAAUACCCAGAGGUGAUGGCAGUUCGCGAGCAGAUCAAGACAAAGGAAACACAAUUGGCACAUGUGUAUGCACAAGAAGUUCAUGGUAUCUCCGCGUUCAUGGCAAGAGGUGACAUAGUGUAUGGCAAUGCUGUGCUUAUUGAGGCACUUGGUCGCAUAGCCAUCACAGAUUCCGAAGGGGUCGGCGCCGAGGUGGCCCAGGCAUUCAUGGGCUGA